ACGAAAGUUGAAAGUAUAUACGAUUGUUAGAGUUCCAUCACAUCGGUUGAAAUAAUAAUAACGAAAUAUUAACUGACUGAGGGAACAGAUCAAGUCCAUUGUAGGGAAUAAAUAGAGUGCAAUAUUAGAGAUUUAUAGAUGUCAAAACCAAUCUCGAGAAGAAGGAAAACUCGAUUUUCGGAAUCAGAAGACGUGCAAACGAAUGACCCGUCGGAUGGAAAAAACCAUGAGCGGGUAGAUUGGAAGCAGUUAAAACAGAAGUUGAAAGCGGCUACAACCCAAGGAAAUUCAUUCAGAAGUUCCAUUAUGUACAGCAAAGAAAACUACAUUCGCGUUUGCACCAUUUAUAUUCAAAACUGGACAACUAUUGAACUCUCAAAACCAAACGCAACUAUAAAUACAGGAUGUCUAGCAUCACCACCACAGAACGUGGGAACAAAAAUGAAGGAAGUCAUGGUUGGUCACAAAGUUGGCUUUUCCUUAAGAGGAACAAGUGGAAUUGUCUCUUGGUUGGUGGGUAAUUUGGAUAGGCGUGUCAUAGUGAUGUGUAACGUGCCAUUCUUUUCGUCGUCAAAUAACCUUGCAGUUGGCAUUACAAGCAGAGGAGUCAAGAAUCACACGGGAAAUUGGUAUGAGUCGAUAUCUAGAAAUGACACAAGAGACAAUAUCUGCUAUACAAAAGGGGUCUUUCAUGAUCAAUGCAACCAGAUCAUUUCUGAAGAUGACAUACUUGAAGUUUUAGGAGACAUGGGCACUGGUUCUCGUGCAGAUGUCAUAAUAACCGUCCGACCAAAAAAUAGGAAGUUUUUACCUAUAAAUUAAACAUUUGUAUUUUCAAAUUAUCUAAAUGAAAGAUUACGAAUACUUGAUUUAUUAUAAUUAUAUU